AUCCUCUGGGUUCUGACCUACUGUUCGCUGCUCCCAUUCUUUCGAUCUCUAUCCUACGACUACUGGGACAGUUCUUGUCUCGUUUCACAUCGACAGCCGGACUCAGUUUCCAACAUGCGAGGCGAGAUUUGCCAUAUUCACAUUGGCCAGGCUGGUAUUCAGCUUGGUAACAGUGCUUGGGAGCUAUAUCUCUUGGAGCAUGGCCUUAAGGCAGAUGGCCAACUCAAUCCCGACGCGUCUGAUGUGAUUAAUUCGGGCGGUUCGUUCGAAACCUUCUUCAGCGAGACCGGCAAUGGCAAACAUGUCCCUCGUUCCAUCUUCGUUGAUCUGGACCCAUCGCCUGUCGAUGAAAUCCGCACCGGCAAAUACCGUCAACUCUUCCACCCGGAAAUGCUGAUUAGUGGGAAGGAAGACGCGGCCAACAAUUAUGCUCGUGGACACUACACAAUCGGAAAGGAGCUCGUUGAAGAAGUCGCCGACCGUAUCCGUCGUGUUGCCGAUAAUUGCUCUUCCCUUCAGGGAUUCCUGGUCUUCCAUUCUUUCGGCGGUGGCACAGGAUCCGGGUUUGGUGCUCUGUUGCUUGAACGUCUUUCCGCUGAGUAUGGGAAGAAGAGCAAGCUUGAGUUCGCGGUGUACCCCUCUCCUCGUGUUUCGACCGCCGUCGUUGAGCCGUACAAUGCUGUCCUGUCCACCCACAGCACUAUUGAAAACGCUGACUGCACCUUCUUGGUGGACAAUGAGGCUGUCUACGAUAUCUGCCGUCGGAACCUCGAUAUUCCGCGUCCUGGCUAUGAGCAUCUCAACCGCCUGAUCGCCCAGGUGGUCAGCUCAAUCACCUCCAGUCUCCGAUUUGAUGGUUCCCUUAAUGUGGACUUGACGGAGUUUCAGACCAACUUGGUGCCAUUCCCUCGUAUCCACUAUCCCUUGAUCUCGUAUGCCCCCGUGGUUUCGAGCAGUCGCAGCUCCCACGAGAGCUUCAAGGUGCAGGACCUUACCUUCCAGUGCUUUGAACCAAACAACCAGAUGGUUGUCUGUGAUCCUCGCAAGGGCAAGUAUAUGGCAGUUGCUCUACUGUACCGUGGUGACGUUGUACCCCGUGACUGCACCCAGGCUAUCGCCUCCCUCAAGGCCAAAUCCUCAUUCAACCUCGUUGAGUGGUGCCCUACCGGUUUCAAAUUGGGUAUCAACUACCAGAAGCCCGUUCGCGUUCCUGACACCGAGCUCGCUCCUGUCGAUCGCUCCGUCAGCAUGCUCUCCAAUACAACGUCUAUUGCCGAAGCUUGGGGUCGUCUCGAUCACAAGUUUGACCUCAUGUACUCGAAGCGUGCAUUCGUGCACUGGUACGUGGGUGAGGGUAUGGAAGAAGGCGAGUUUUCCGAAGCUCGGGAGGACCUGGCUGCGUUGGAGAAGGACUAUGAGGAGGUUGCCAACGAUAACGCCGAGGCGGAGGGUGAAGAGGAUGAGGCUGAGUACUGAUCCUUCCACACCUCUUGGCUCGUUCUGCUUUGGCCGCUUCUUUUCUUGGUCUGUCUAACUUCACUUGUCCAAAUUGUGUCUAUCCUGUCCUUCUGCUCGCGACACCCCCUUCCGUUCAUGCGUCUCUAGCGUCUCUAGCGUUAUCUUAACUUCCCAGCUCUUAC